UUAGGCGAUUUUCAUAAGGCUAUCAGUUACCACGAGCGCCAUCUACAAAUUGCAAAAGAACUGGGAGACAAAGCUGGAGAAGGACGGGCUUAUGGAAGUCUUGGCAAUGCCUAUCGGAAGUUAGGCGAUUUUCAUAAGGCAAUCAGUUACCACGAGCGUCAUCUACAAAUUGCAAAAGAAGUGGGAGACAAAGCUGGAGAAGGAGGGGCUUAUGGAAAUCUUGGCAAUGCCUAUCAUAGCUUAGGCGAUUUUCAUAAGGCUAUCAGUUACCACGAGCGUCAUCUACAAAUUGCAAAAGAAAUGGGAGACAAAGCUGGAGGAGGAGGGGCUUAUGGAAGUCUUGGCAAUGCCUAUGAUAGCUUAGGCGAUUUUCAUAAGGCUAUCAGUUACCACGAGCGUGAUCUACAAAUUGCAAAAGAAGUGGGAGACAAAGCUGGAGAAGGAGGGGCUUAUGGAAAUCUUGGCAAUGCCUAUGAUAGCUUAGGCGAUUUUCAUAAGGCUAUCAGGUACCACGAGCGUCAUCUACAAAUUGCAAAAGAAGUGGGAGACAAAGCUGGAGAAGGACGGGCUUAUGGAAAUCUUGGCAAUGCCUAUCAGAUGUUAGGCGAUUUUCAUAAGGCUAUCAGUUACCACGAGCGUGAUCUACAAGUUGCAAAAGAAGUGGGAGACAAAGCUGGAGAAGGAGGGGCUUAUGGAAAUCUUGGCAAUGCCUAUCGUAGCUUAGGCGAUUUUCAUAAGGCUAUCAGUUACCACGAGCGUGAUCUACAAGUUGCAAAAGAAGUGGGAGACAAAGCUGGAGAAGGAGGGGCUUCUGGAAAUCUUGGCAAUGCCUAUCAUAGCUUAGGCGAUUUUCAUAAGGCUAUCAGUUACCACGAGCGUCAUCUACAAAUUGCAAAAGAAGUGGGAGACAAAGCUGGAGAAGGACGGGCUUAUGGAAAUCUUGGCAAUGCCUAUCAUAGCUUAGGCGAUUUUCAUAAGGCUAUCAGUUACCACGAGCGUCGUCUACAAAUUGCAAAAGAAGUGGGAGACAAAGCUGGAGAAGGACGGGCUAAUGGAAAUCUUGGCAAUGCCUAUCAUAGCUUAGGCGAUUUUAAUAAGGCUAUCAGUUACCACGAGCGUCAUCUACAAACUGCAAAAGAAGUGGGAUACAAAGCUGGAGAAGGACGGGCUUAUGGAAAUCUUGGCAAUGCCUAUCAGAUGUUAGGCGAUUUUCAUAAGGCUAUCAGUUACCACGAGCGUCGUCUACAAAUUGCAAAAGAACUGGGAGACAAAGCUGGAGAAGGAGGGGCUUAUGGAAGUCUUGGCAAUGCCUAUCAUGGCUUAGGCGAUUUUCAUAAGGCAAUCAGUUACCACGAGCGUCGUCUACAAAUUGCAAAAGAAGUGGGAGACAAAGCUGGAGAAGGAGGGGCUUAUGGAAAUCUUGGCAAUGCCUAUGAUAGCUUAGGCGAUUUUCAUAAGGCUAUCAGUUACCACGAGCGUCAUCUACAAAUUGCAAAAGAAGUGGGAGACAAAGCUGGAGAAGGACGGGCUUAUGGAAAUCUUGGCAAUGCCUAUCAGAUGUUAGGCGAUUUUCAUAAGGCUAUCAGUUACCACGAGCGUGAUCUACAAGUUGCAAAAGAAGUGGGAGACAAAGCUGGAGAAGGAGGGGCUUAUGGAAAUCUUGGCAAUGCCUAUCGUAGCUUAGGCGAUUUUCAUAAGGCUAUCAGUUACCACGAGCGUGAUCUACAAGUUGCAAAAGAAGUGGGAGACAAAGCUGGAGAAGGACGGGCUACUGGAAAUCUUGGCAAUGCCUAUCAUAGCUUAGGCGAUUUUCAUAAGGCAAUCAGUUACCACGAGCGUCGUCUACAAAUUGCAAAAGAAGUGGGAGACAAAGCUGGAGAAGGAGGGGCUUAUGGAAAUCUUGGCAAUGCCUAUCAUAGCUUAGGCGAUUUUCAUAAGGCUAUCAGUUACCACGAGCGUGAUCUACAAAUUGCAAAAAGAAAUGGGAGACAAAGCUGGAGGAGGAGGGGCUUAUGGAAAUCUUGGCAAUGCCUAUGAUAGCUUAGGCGAUUUUCAUAAGGCUAUCAGUUACCACGAGCGUGAUCUACAAAUUGCAAAAAGAAGUGGGAGACAAAGCUGGAGAAGGAGGGGCUUAUGGAAAUCUUGGCAAUGCCUAUGAUAGCUUAGGCGAUUUUCAUAAGGCUAUCAGGUACCACGAGCGUCAUCUACAAAUUGCAAAAGAAGUGGGAGACAAAGCUGGAGAAGGACGGGCUUAUGGAAAUCUUGGCAAUGCCUAUCAGAUGUUAGGCGAUUUUCAUAAGGCUAUCAGUUACCACGAGCGUGAUCUACAAGUUGCAAAAGAAGUGGGAGACAAAGCUGGAGAAGGAGGGGCUUAUGGAAAUCUUGGCAAUGCCUAUCGUAGCUUAGGCGAUUUUCAUAAGGCUAUCAGUUACCACGAGCGUGAUCUACAAGUUGCAAAAGAAGUGGGAGACAAAGCUGGAGAAGGAGGGGCUUCUGGAAAUCUUGGCAAUGCCUAUCAUAGCUUAGGCGAUUUUCAUAAGGCUAUCAGUUACCACGAGCGUCAUCUACAAAUUGCAAAAGAAGUGGGAGACAAAGCUGGAGAAGGACGGGCUUAUGGAAAUCUUGGCAGUGCCUAUCAUAGCUUAGGCGAUUUUCAUAAGGCUAUCAGUUACCACGAGCGUCGUCUACAAAUUGCAAAAGAAGUGGGAGACAAAGCUGGAGAAGGACGGGCUAAUGGAAAUCUUGGCAAUGCCUAUCAUAGCUUAGGCGAUUUUAAUAAGGCUAUCAGUUACCACGAGCGUCAUCUACAAACUGCAAAAGAAGUGGGAUACAAAGCUGGAGAAGGACGGGCUUAUGGAAAUCUUGGCAAUGCCUAUCAGAUGUUAGGCGAUUUUCAUAAGGCUAUCAGUUACCACGAGCGUCGUCUACAAAUUGCAAAAGAACUGGGAGACAAAGCUGGAGAAGGAGGGGCUUAUGGAAGUCUUGGCAAUGCCUAUCAUGGCUUAGGCGAUUUUCAUAAGGCAAUCAGUUACCACGAGCGUCGUCUACAAAUUGCAAAAAGAAGUGGGAGACAAAGCUGGAGAAGGAGGGGCUUAUGGAAAUCUUGGCAAUGCCUAUCAUGGCCUAGGCGAUUUUCAUAAGGCUAUCAGUUACCAUGAGCGUCAUCUACAAAUUGCAAAAGAAGUGGGAGACAAAGCUGGAGAAGGACGGGCUUAUGGAAAUCUUGGCAAUGCCUAUCAUGGCUUAGGCGAUUUUCAUAAGGCUAUCAGUUACCACGAGCGUCAUCUACAAAUUGCAAAAGAAGUGGGAGACAAAGCUGGAGAAGGACAGGCUUAUGGAAGUCUUGGCAAUGCCUAUCAGAUGUUAGGCGAUUUUCAUAAGGCUAUCAGUUACCACGAGCGUCAUCUACAAAUUGCAAAAGAAGUGGGAGACAAAGCUGGAGAAGGACGGGCUUAUGGAAGUCUUGGCAAUGCCUAUCGUAGCUUAGGCGAUUUUCAUAAGGCUAUCAGUUACCACGAGCGUCAUCUACAAAUUGCAAAAGAACUGGGAGACAAAGCUGGAGAAGGAGGGGCUUAUGGAAGUCUUGGCAAUGCCUAUCAUAGCUUAGGCGAUUUUCAUAAGGCUAUCAGUUACCACGAGCGUCAUCUACAAAUUGCAAAAGAAGUGGGAGACAAAGCUGGAGAAGGACGGGCUUAUGGAAAUCUU